UGCGGUCUUAGACUUCCCUUACGCAUACUGACUGCAUUUUUUUCCCCGCAAUCUUUAUUGCAGGCUUACGCCAAAUUUUCCGGUGCUCCCCUGACAGUGAAUACUAUAAGUAGCUCUUGGAGAGCUCCGAAAGGAGAAGUGCCAGUCCUGAUAUCAGAAGACAUUGUUAUUUCUCAGCCAGCAAAAAUACUAAGCUUCCUAAGAAAGCAGAAAUACAACGCUGAUUAUGAAUUGUCUGCAAAGCAAGGAGCUGAUACACUGGCAUAUAUUGCACUACUUGAAGAGAAACUGCUUCCUGCUCUGCUGCACACUUUCUGGGUUGAGGCUGAAAAUUACUGCUGUGUGACAAAGCCAUGGUUUGCCUCAAGGAUUCCCUUCCCCCUGAGUUUGUAUCUGCCUGGAAAGAUGUCCAGGGAAGCGCUGAACAGGAUCUUGCUGACCAGGGGUGGGCCUCCACUCUACAGUCUCACUGAAGUGGAAGCACAGAUAUACAGGGAUGCCAAGGAGUGCCUAAAUCUCCUGUCGAAGAGAUUGGGAACAUCUCAGUUUUUCUUUGGAGAUACGCCUACUACCUUGGAUGCCUUUGUGUUUGGUUUCCUUGCACCAAUUUACAAAGUGUGUUUCCCCAGAGUACAAUUACAAGAGCAUUUGAAACAGCUUCCCAAUAUGUGUCGAUUCUGUGAUGAUAUUUUAACUUGCUACUUCAGGUUAACUGUCUCAGGCCAUUCUCCGGCUGGACAGGAUACAGCAGAUGCUAAUCUGCAGAAACUCACACAGCUUGUAAAUAAGGAAUCCAACUUGAUUGAAAAGAUGGACGACAACCUUCGUAAGAGUCCUCAGCAUCCCCCUCGAAAGCUAACAACGCUCAAGCUUGCUGCAGGUGGAGAACAAAGCAGUCCAUUGAAUCUUUUGUCACCUUGA